AUGUCGCGCAAUGUUGGGCUUGCCUCUGAAGGCUUUGCGUCCCUAUUUGCCAGACAAAACGGCUGCGUGCAAUGUGGAAAUGAACAGUUGUCGUGUCCAGCUUCGUGCCCCGACGGCACGUCUUGCUCUUUCACAUCGCGGAGCUGCACAGAAUGCCCCAAGGCCUACUGUGCCGCAGAUCCAACAUCGUCGUCAUCAGAUUCAACCCCAGCAGUUAGUAGCGGGCCAAACGUCGGAGCCAUCGCGGGUGGCGUGAUAGGGGGAUUAGCAGUCAUCGGCAUUGUCACAUACCUGGUCUGGAGGUUCUGCAUAAAGACCAGGAGAGCACCAUACGAGGACGAGGCGUGGGCACAAGACGGACCGCGAUCGAAGGAAGGCACAGAGGCUGACUGGGCAUCGAGGCACUCGGCGCGACAAUCGACCCAUUCUGUCCACUCUCUGGCUUCUACUGUUCUCACGCGGGCGUCCAACAUCAUUCAAAUCGCUUACAUCCCCGGCGUCACCAACAGAGCCACACCAACGUCGCCAACGCUUCUGGUGCCUCCUGUUCCUCCUAUCCCGUUGGCCCUGUCAGAUGCUGGAAGCCCGUCGCCAUAUGAGGAACAGCACUUCUUCGUGCCCGGCAACCUGCGGGACUCCUCGUACUCUGGCAUCUCGGGCUACACCGACCGGACGUCUUAUGCCCGAACCUCUUAUGCACCACGAUCAAGUGUUGCAUCAACUAUCUAUGGCAAGAAUGCCGUUGUGUCCCCCAUGCCUGCACAGAAGGGCACUCUUUUGAAGCCCUCGCUGGUGAGCGUCAAGUCGAAGGGCGCCAGCAGCGGGAGCUUGACUCCUCCGGUGCCAGCAGUUGACUACGACAAGUAUGAACAACCACUUCCCUCUCCGGCAUUCAGCAUCGGGGCUACAUUUUUCAAGAACGCAAGCGCAUCCACGGCUACAGCCAUGCGCCCACAAGUUGUCCGUGUGGGUAGCGGCAAUGCGGUCAAGACCGUUGAUGUAAAGAAGACAUCACCCACAGUAUCCAUAUCCGAGACGUCAGAAGGGCCCGAACCCUUGGUCCAACUGCGCGACUCCAAGGCUGUGAGGGACUCAAAUGCCAUUACACCCAUUGCCGACACGCCAAUGGAUGAGCAGAGCCCCUUUUCUGACCCACCAACCCGGAGAGCCUCGGGCCACAAGAGCUCUAACAGCUUGGGCGCCGUGAUAGAGGAAGCAACAAGGCGGGCGGCAGCGGGUAGCAGGACAAGUUCCAACUCGUCCGCCGUGCGUGAAAGCAGCCCAUUCGGAGACGAGCACGCAAUGAGGGAUUAG